AUGGGGAUCAUGGCCAAGCUCAAGAAGCUUCAGAAGGAAAGGCUGAUCGUGGCGCGGCUAGGCUUUCCCGACAAAGCCAUGGAGAUCGAUGAGCACAUCGAAAAAAUCCGUGCGGAUCUCAGGAGCGAGCGCGAAAAGGUGGACUCGAGGAUUCUCGAGGAGGAGUUGGCGGCACUGGCCAUCCAGCACCGUGAAAAGCUGGCUAGCCUUGAACAAGAGCUUAAGGAAGACGAGCAAAAAGUCAGCAGGUCGUUCGAGCGGGAAAGGGCUGUGCUUCUGCGAAAGCAGGAGAAGCAGUUUGUUCAGCUUGUGGAUGACGCUAUCAAGCGAGCAAUCGGCAAGAGCAAGAAAUACCUGUGCCACCACAACAAGACGGCAAGCUUCAACACUCGCAGGCCAAAGAAGGAGGUCAUCCACUUCCGAAAGAACGCGAAACGCCUUCGACACGGAGGCAGGCUGGACGAAUCUGCGGCAUGGGAGGAGAAAGCAGCGGAGCUUGACGCGAAUCAUUUGGAUUCCUGGCGAGAAGAGGUUGCCGCUUCAUUGACGGCUAGCGCUUGGGGAGGGAGCAGCAGUGCUCUGGACCAACUUGCCACCGAGCAUCAGCGCGAGAUCAGCCGGAUGGAAACGGCACAGGCCAACGGGUGGACGCUGAUGCUGAUGCGGCACCAAACCGCCCGGAGAAACUGUCACAACGUCAUCAUGGUCGAGCGGAAGAAGGACGUCGAGGGUAUGCUUAGAAACGUCAUUGAAGACGAGGGUUCUGCCACAGGAGAAGCAGAAGGAAAGGAAGCCCAACCAAGCGGUGGCACAGCGGCGGGCCGACCACCAACACGCCCGAGUAGUGCUCCGCCAGCACGCGGAAAGAGACCGCAACCGGCCGCCGCCACCACCAAAAACAACAACCAGAAUUUAUCGGAAACUGUGGCAGCGCCACCGUCAGCAACAGAGAAGGCUGGCGAGGGUGAGAAUGUUGGCGCAGCGGACGAAGGCGUACACGUCGAUGACGACGAUUCUUUUGGCAAAGACUCGCACGAUCUCCGGGGCUUCGAUGAGCUCGAGGGCGAGGCGUGGAAGAAAUUUUCCUACGACGAUUACCCCGCCGCCGGUUCGCCGGAGGAACCGGAGUGGAUCCACACCCCGUGGUGCGGGACGAACAGCGGUGACAUUCCAGUCCUUGACAAGGUCUCGGACAAGAAGGUUCUCGACAGCGAUGGGACACCGAUGGUACAGCUUGUGCUACCCGCGUCGACGGCUUCCGCUCCUCCGUCGUCCUCUGCGGGGCGUGUCGAUGGCAAUACCGCUACACAGCCGGUGGUCAGGGGUGGUGGUGCUUCCGAAGGCUUUGGCGACGGGGAGGACAAGGGAGUUAUCGCAGAGCACAAAAGAGACGUUGGCAGCCCCCGCAGUGGCGCAGAAGGUGGUGCUGAUAAAGGAAGGCCGUGUUCGGCAACUGGAGAGUUGUUUACAGGAGACGCAGCAGCGGCAGUAUCGCCCCUUAGUUUUGCCGGGGAGGGGGCGGAGAGGGACAGCCAAGUCGACGGUGGCGGUAGCGGGAGAAGUCCGGGUAGCGUAGGAGAUGGUUUCACGUCGCCACGGGCUCUUGCCGGGGGCGGUGAGCUGCGGAGGUACAACUGGCUAGGAGCUGACGCCGCGCCCACAAAGCCAUCGCUCCUCACGACGAGUCGGAUACCGACGGGAAACCGUGCCGACAAGCAAAGGUUCAGAAACGCGAAGAGACAAGAUGCCAACAGAAAGGUGGAUGACGCGACGAUAUAG